AUGUCACAAAAAAACACAGAAGUAAAAUAUAAUCAAUAUCAAACAACAAUCAAUGAAUUAACUUCCAAAAUUAAUCAAUUAAAAUCUGAUCAAGAAGAACAUAAAAUUGUUAUAGAAACUUUAAGUAAAACUUCUGAAGAAAGAAGAUGUUUUAGAAUGAUUGGUGGUGCUUUAAUAGAGAAAACUGUUGGUGAAACAAAACCUGUUUUAGAUUUAAAAUUUCAAAAUAUUUCCAAGACACUUGAUUCUUUAACAAAUGAAUUAACCAAGAUAAUAAAUGAAUUUGAAAAAUGGAAAAAAGAUGAAAAUAUUAAAAUUAUAAAGCAAUAG